AUGGUCGGCACGCCGGAACUCAGCACAGGCUACGUGUUCAGCAGCAACCAGAGAUUCUUUUCGGCGAAAGUUAAUUGUGCCACUUUCAAGGUGCACGUUAUUGACGAUGGCAGCCGUUGGCAGCAGAGACAGAAAAAGGGGCUGUGGUCGGGGGACAGAGGAGCCGCGCCGCGUCUCUCUUACACGUUUCCAACAAGGCGAUGA